CAAAAUUAGCAACUCGAGUCCGGACGGACAGCACAGCGACUGCCGGUAGUGAGGGAACUGGACGCUUGGAAAGAAGAUUCGCCAUCGUGCUCAAGCCAUGGUGUAAAGGUCCUCGCGCAGCGCCUCUCAGGACUCUUCAAUAAUCAACAGCUUACAUUCAAAAAGCAAAAACACAUUCAAAACACACAUCUUUCCUGAGCAGACCACCAACCGCAACAAUGAAGACUGCUUGUGCCCUCCUCUUCGCUGCCGUGGCCGCCGCUGGCCCGAUCCGUGCGAUUCCGCCGGGUACAACAUUCGAUCCCCUCCCAGACGCCCCUCUCAACUUCACUGCAACCGCCCUUUACGUGGGUGGCGACCUCGGCUUCCCGAUCAAUGCCAACGACAAGAGAUUCUGGAUCGGCAAAGACACCAGGACCUUCUCCGAAGAGCAAGACAAACAAGCCAACACCGACAAGACCAUCUUCUCCUUCGCAGAAGGCACGGGUCAGCUCAAUCUCGAUGUCAAUGUGCCCGGCGGCCAGAGGGUCUACGUCAGAGACGAUGGCCAGCUGCGAUUUGUUGAGGCACACCGCCUCCGCACUGACGGCCACGCGACCUUCACUGGCUUUGAAAUUGGAGACGGUGCCCUGUUGAAGUUCGAAGCGCAAGAUUGGAUAAUGUGCCCAAAGGAAUACGGAAGCUCCGAGUUCAAGGUGUGGGCGGCGAGCAGAGUCCAGGAUCUCAAGGAGGGCUGUGUUAGAUUCGAGUGGCAGAACGACUACACCAGAUAUCCGGAAGCUUGGGCGUACUACUAGAGUCCUCUCG